AAGGGUAAAUCAGCCAAAGAGUUGAAAAAGGAGAAACGAGCUGCUGCCGUUGCGGCCCGUGGACCAGCUGCGACAGAACGGCCUGGAUCCUCAAGAGGUGGGAGCGGAGGCGGCGCUGUAGCUCAGGAAAGCUCUCGAUUCGAGAUCCUAUCCACUAUCGAUAUCCCGUUGGCUUCUUCUUCCUCUUCUUCGGCUGCUUCCUCCUCCCGCCAACCAGCGCCUUCAUCCAAGAACACCAAGUCGAUGGAGACUGCUUUUUUCUCUCAUUUGCCAAAUCAUUCAUUGCCAGAUACAGCUGCGGCCUACAAGGGAAGCAAGAUCCACCCGGCUGUGAUUCAAGCUGGGAUCAUGAUGUCUUCAGGGGAAAUACGAGGGGCCAACGCCAGGACAAUGGCGACCAUGUUGGCCUUCCAGCAGGUCAUUGAAGAAUAUCAAUGCCCAGAGCAGACUGUCUUAUGGAAGGAUUUGCCAAAUCACCUCAGUCCAAUGAUUGCGUGGUUGGAGGAUUGUAGACCCAAGGGGGUUGGGGGAGGCAAUGCCAUCCGCUGGCUGAAGGGCGAGAUCAAUCGGCUUGGAGAAGUGGACAUGGGUACAGAUAUCGAACAAAAACGACAUCUUGUUGGCGCGAUUGACGAUUACCUGACUCAAAAAAUCGAAUUUGCCGAUCAAAUCAUCAUCUCGCAUGCCCAGGAAAAGAUCAAGGCGGGAGAUACGAUCGUCACUUAUGCUAGAUCAUCAAUCAUCGAAAAGGUCCUAUUGCAAGCUUGGCGCCGGAUGAAAGAGGUGGAUAGCAGUGCCGAAUUCAGAGUCAUCGUUGUGGACUCGAGACCAUUGAAUGAGGGCCGAUCAACCCUCUACACGCUGACUAAUGCCGGUAUCCCCUGCACCUACACCCUCCUCCCACUCGCAUCAUCUGUGUUGCCAAAUGCGAAUCUCGUUCUGGUCGGGGCCUCAGCUCUUCACUCCGAUGGAUCGUUGUACUCUCGAGCAGGUACAGCAGUCAUCAGUAUGCUCGCGAAAGAGUACCGUGUGCCCGUCGUGGCUUGUGUCGAAACGUACAAAUUCGGGGAAAGAGUCUCUCUGGACUCUGUAGCUUCCAAUGAGAUUGGCGAGCCUGAACAGCUCUUGCAGAUCCCAGGCGGCAAACCAUUCCAGGGAGAUUUCCCGGCUACGUUGACACCGCUCAACCUCAUGUAUGACUUGACGCCAGCCAACCUGAUCACGACGUUGUGCACCGAGCUCGGCUUCAUUCCUCCAAGUUCUGUACCCACAGUCCUGGGCAAAACCGCCCCAGUUGUAUGAGCGGUCUUCCCCAUUUCACUGCAAUGGCCUCACGCAUUCCAAGAGAGCCAAGAAUAUAGCAUGUACAGCAUUAAUACAAU